UUAUUUUUCCUUGCCUAUCUCCCUCUUUCUCUCUCUCUCUAUCCCUCUAGCUUGUUGUCCUCGUUGAUCCGAGAGUGCGCGAGCUCAAUAUGUUGAUGUUGAUGUUGAUGUGCCAAUGGGUAAGUGUCUCAAUAGUGACAGUGAAAUGGCACUGCGCAUCCAUUUGCUUACAUGUUGGGUCCAUGAGCGGGGGGGAAAGGGUAUCGCUUUGUUUGAGCGAAUAUUGCUUCGGCUAUAUGGUUCCCGCUCACCCGCCGUGCUCUGUUGUCGACUCAUCGCCUGCAUUUUUAUUUUAUUUUUUGUUGUGCAGGAGGGCGUGGGAUUCUUUUCGACAGAAACAAGAAAAAAAAUAUGCACCUCACAAGACCAUUAAAAAACGUUUGGGUGCGUACAUGCUGUAUUCGCUUCACUUGUUGGCAGGACAAGGGAAAAAACCAAAACAAGACUCCGACGGAGCAAACAAGGGACUUGAAUUGCAGCCAGGCAAGUGGAUUGUGAGCGGUGGAAUCUAUGCAGGUUUAUCUCAGAACAUCAGACGUUGAAAGAUCUGGUUUGCACAUGUUGUUUAAAUUGAGCCGUUGCGAUAGGUCAGGAUCGACAGGAACGGGGUGUUGAUCGGGGCCUAAAGAAGACAAGAGAACAAGGUCUCCUGGCCUUGGUUCAUGGCAAAUUAAGACAAAAGGGCGAU